CUCUCUCUCUCUAACGAGCACUCGGUAGAUCCCAAAUGUCAAAACUCGCGGUGCCUGUGGUGCUUCUUCUCGCUUUGCUGUGCGGAUUGGCUUCCCAUCAUGCAGUAGACGCUCAGUACUACUGGUCGCCUGCGACGGCGACGUUCUACGGUGGCAGCGACGGCUCCGGCACAAUGGGCGGCGCUUGCGGGUAUGGCAACCUAUAUAACGCUGGUUACGGGCUGAGCAACGCGGCGCUGAGCACGGCGCUUUUCAACGACGGCGCCAUGUGCGGCGCGUGCUACACCAUCGUCUGCGACACUAGCAAGAGCAGAUGGUGCAAGCUCGGCACGUCGGUUACAAUCACAGCCACCAACUUCUGCCCGCCAAAUUGGGCGCUGCCCAGCGACAACGGCGGCUGGUGCAACCCGCCGCGUCAGCACUUCGACAUGUCGCAGCCCGCCUGGACCUCCAUCGCCAUCUACCAAGCCGGCAUCGUCCCGGUCAACUACCAGAGGGUUUCAUGCAAGAGAAGUGGCGGCAUGAGGUUCACCAUCAACGGGAGGGACUACUUCGAGCUGGUGACGGUGACCAACGUCGGUGGCAGCGGCGUAGUAUCGCAGAUGUGGAUCAAGGGGACCAACACGAACUGGCUCACGAUGAGCAGGAACUGGGGCAUGAAUUGGCAGAGUACGGCGUACCUCAACGGCCAGAGCCUGUCCUUCAUGGUGAAGACCGACGACGGCCGCGUGGUGACGGUGUGGAACGUCGUCCCGUCCAACUGGUACUUCGGGGCAACCUACACCACCAGCUGGGCAAACUUUUAGCCGUUGGCUAGCUCAAGUCAUCAACAUAUAUGCAUCACCGAAGCGGAGAGAUCCAGAAGAUCAGACGGCGUGGAACUAGUAUAUAGCUACUCAUGCAUACAUUUGACUUACUAUUACUAUGAGCCCUAAGAAGAUCGAUUGAUGCCGC